AUGUCUGAUUUUAGACCUCCUAUUGGAACCACCAUUAAGCUGAAUGGUUCCAACUAUAUGCUUUGGUCCCGUGCUUUUCUCCUAUUUUUGGGAUCACAGAAGAAGAAAAGCCAUGUUCAAACUGCCCCGCCUGCUACUACAGAUGCCAACUACGACACUUGGUAUGCCGAUGACUACUCCGUCAUGACUUGGCUUCUCAAUAGCCUAGAACCAGCCAUCAGUCAAAAUAUCAUGUACUUGGAUAGUGCCAAAGCCAUGUGGGAUGCUUUACGGGAGAUGUUCUUCAAUGACAAAAACGUCUCUCGGGUAUUUGAAUUAUAUGAGAAACUUUUCUCUCAUACUCAGGAUACUCAGUCAGUCAAUGAUUACUUCUCUACCUUGAAAGGCCUUGCUGAUGAGAUCUUAGUUUAUCAUCUUCUUUCCUGUGAUGCCACAACAAGAGCAAAACAAUGGGAGGAAUUCAUGGUAGCAAAAUUUUUGUCAGCGUUCUUCGUGUCUCCACCGGGCGCACAGAAUCCACCUCGUUUGAUAAUUCAGCUAUGUCUGCUCGCGGUUGAGGUUCGUAUGGUGGACGUGGCUGUGGAUAGGGACGUGGCCGAGGUCGAGGAUGAGGGUUUCAUGAUCGACUAUGUGAUCAUUGUGGUUGUUCGAAUCAUGAGUCUGAUAAGUGUUGGGAGAACUGCGUUUGCUGUGUCUCCUGGUAAGUCUUGGAUGUUGGAUUCGGGUGCCUCUACCCAUAUUACUGGUACAAAAUCCCUUUUGACAUCUUUUUCUCCAUCUUCUCUCCCAUAUGUUCGUCUUGCUGAUGGCAACUAUUCUCUUGUAACUGGCACUGGUGUUGUCAAACCCACUACUCAUAUUACCCUUGAUAAUGUUUUGUUUGCCCCAAAUUUUCCAGACCUGCAGAAGAAGAGGACGAUUGGUGGAGGACAUGAGCGUGGCGGUCUGUACUACUUGGAUACUGUUUCACCUGUCUCUCCUAGUGCUCUCUCUGCUGCUGUGUUUCCAUAUCAGUGGCAUUGUCGUCUUGGUCAUCCGUCUUCUGCUAGUCUUCGUAGUUUAGUUCCAGUUGCGAUGCCAUCUAGUGUGUUGCAUGGGGAUAUUCCUUUUUCGUGUCUUCAUCCUGAUAAACCUCUUUAUCAUAUUCCUCCACGCAUUUUUGGAUACGUUACCUUCUUUGAGUUUCAGCCUUAUUUUACUCAUUCUCAAACUAAAUCAACCAGCCAGUUAUAUCCUACUCCUUUACCUGCCCAAACUUUUGUUUCUCCUAUGUCUUCUGCUCCUCCGGCUUCUCUUUUACAGGUCUAUACACGACGUCAUCGACCUGCAACAACCCCUGAAGCCCCUGAAAUAGUACCAACAGUCUCAUGUCCACUGCCACAGUCAUCUUCACCUCCAGCUUCUGAAGAUCCACCUCCUUCUGAUGAGUUACCCAUAGCCAUUCGCAAAGUGAUUCCAACUUCUUACCAAGAGGCACUCAAACACCCUUUAUGGCGAGCCGCUAUGGAUGAGGAGAUGCGAACUCUCUUGAGUCGUGGUACUUGGAUUCUGCCCGUGUAUCAACUUGAUGUGAAGAAUGCUUUCUUGUAUGGUGAUUUGACUCCGACGGUCUUUAUGGAGCAACCUCCGGGAUAUGUUGCUCAGGGGGAGGAUGCUACUAAAGUUUGUUGUCUCAAAAAGGCAAUUUAUGGCCUUAAACAAAGUCCCAAGGCGUGGUUCGAUAAGUUCAGCAGUGUCCUUGGAACUAUUGGUUUUAAGCAAUGCAAGUCUGAUCAUUCGGUUUUUGUGCGACAUCAAGCAUCGGGUAUUGUUAUUCUCAUUGUAUAUGUUGAUGAUAUACUCAUAUCUGGAAGUGAUGUUCGUGGAAUUGAGGAAACUAAGAAAUAUUUGCAACAACAUUUUGUUAUCAAGGAUCUGGGCCGUCCUAAGUAUUUCUUGGGAAUUGAAAUUGCACACGAAAAUUCUGGAGUGUCUCUAUCUCAGCAAAAGUAUGCUACAGAUCUAUUGAAAGAAACUGGACUACUUGGAGCAAAGCCCGUUGAUACUCCUAUGGAGGUUGAUCCAAGUGUUUGGGAUGACAGUGGAGAAGUCUUGGAGGAUAAAGCUAAGUAUAGACGUCUAGUUGGAAAACUUAUCUACUUGACAGUAACAAGGCCUGAUAUUUCCUUUGUUGUUGGCUUAGUCAGUCGUUUUCUGGAUAAGCCUAAGCAAGUUCACUGGGAUGCUGCUAUUCGAAUUCUUCAAUAUGUCAAGAAAUCUCCCGGCAAUGGAUUGCUAUUCAAAAAGAAUGUGCAUCUAAAAAUUGAAGGAUAUUCUGAUGCUGAUUAUGCUGGUUCUAAGCCUAAUAGAAAGUCUACUUCUGGAUAUUGCACCUACUUGGGAGGAAACCCUGUAACUUGGCGAACUAAGAAACAACAUAUUGUUGCGAGAUCGUCUGCCGAGGCUGAGUAUAGAGCUAUGGCUCAUACUGCUACUGAGAUGAUCGGAGUCAAGAAUCUACUUGGAGAAUUGGGGUUCACUUUCAAUGAACCUUUACCUAUGCAUUGUGAUAACCAUGCUGCAAUCUAUAUUGCGAACAAUCCGGUUUUUCAUGAGAGGACUAAACAUAUUGAAGUUGAUUGUCAUUUCAUUCGAGAGUGUGUUUUGAAUCGGACAAUUACUACUCCUUUCACUUCAUCGUCUAACCAGAUAGCUGAUAUCUUCACAAAACCGUUGCCUGUGAAGCGUUUCUCAGAACUUUGUACCAAGCUGGACUUGAUCAAUAUAUAUGAUCCAGCUUGA